AUGGUUUUGUCAACAUCACAACAAGUCGCCCUGGCUUUUACGGCCGUGCUCUUCACGUUUGUCGUCCUGCCGAAAAUGUUUGGUGUCGGCGGCGGCGCCGGGGCGAAGGACACUCGGAUGGACCCUCGGUACUCCAGAAAAGGUCCUGGCCCGGGUGGGCUCAAAAAUCACCCCAUCAGUGGCCCUGGCUCUCCUCAGUCCCCUGAGAACAUGCAGCAUAUGAAGAAGCUGAUGGAGCAAGAGCUGAAGAAUGACAAGUUCAAAUCCAACAACAACAACAAGGGCUAUGUGUUCACACUGAUGCCACUGUACGCCAUUGGAGUCGGUGUGUUUGCAGCCUACAAGUUCCUGAAGAUCAGGUCUGCUGAUGACCAGGCACAGAGGGACAAAUUUGCAAAAGGGGCCAAAAAAUCAGUGGAGGCAGAAAACCAGUUGAAUGAGCUGGAACAAAGGCUGGCACAGACUGAAAGGAUGCUCAAUUCUAUCCUCACACAGCUGGACCCGCUCACUAACUGUGUGAAAUCAGUGGCACAGGAGCAGAAAAACGAGAUCAUGUCUCAACUGCAAACCAUCCGCUACCUGAUGAAGAAGAGAGGGAUGGACUGUCCACCACUGAGGGUCAAUGAGGUGUCAUGUGAGCGUAACCUGGACAACCUGAUUGAGUCCCUUGGGGCCGAUGACUUCACAACAGGAGACAAUGUGACUCCAGGAGCAGCUGAGGCUCCAGAGAAAGUCCAUCAGAAACAGUCAGAGGCGGCAGAUGAAGCCGCAGCAGAGGGUGAGAAGACGGAGGAGCUGGAACCAGAGCAUUCUGAAGAGGAAGUGGAGAAAGAAGUUGCAUCAGAAGAAGAGGAGGAGGAGGAGGAGGAAGAAGAGGAAGAGGAAGAGGAAGAGGGAGUGGAGAAAAUUGAGCACAUGCCUUCACUCGAGGACUCUUACGAACCAAACCCUGAGGAGGUGUUGCUCGCAUCAGGCCUGAGACGACGCACCAGGCCUGAAUGACCUCACUGCACGACUGCACUGCACUGUAUAGAUAUAAUUGUGAUAUUAUUUAUUAUCUGAAAGGCUUUCCUUCCAAAAAUACAAUUUACUUAUUCAUCAAAGACAUAGUAUGCAUUAAUAAGAGACAUUAACCUCAUGGGAGACAGGGCUGUGUUUACUUAUGUCAGUCAGAAAGAUCAACACAGAGACAAGAUCAUUUAAACAAGGUCAGUAGAAACAUCUCCUCUUAAUUUAUUUCAUUUACACUACACAGCCCGGAGCUCUAAGGCUUUGUUUAGACUGCAGCCCAAAUCAGAUUUGUUAGCAUACCCGAUCAGAAUCUGGUCUUCCUGACCAACACAGCCAAUUUGUCUCGUCUGCCACAUAUAGUUACAGGCCACGCCCUGGACAAAAGUAGUCUAAACUAAAUAAAUACAUGGAUGACAGAAAUCUGUGCCUCUUUCUGUCCUAUAGUUAUAGUUAUGUGGCGCUUUGGCGCAAACUUUCUUCAGAUGUUUAAACUAUUGUCUUCCACUUUGUCGAUCGUUUAACGCGCCUCUGAUCACAAUCGCAUUCAAAACCACCUCCAGGAAAGCUUGUCCUCCUCAUUGUCAUAUUGUCCUUUAGCCCGUCCAUCACCGUGUGUCACACCUGCCCACUGUCAAGCAAUAACAUGACAGGUACAUCAGCCGUGAGCACACGUGAUAUGCUCUUAUUAGAUACUGCACGUGUUCUGCUGUCUGUAAUGACACCAGGAGAUUAUUUGUUUAUUUAUUAGGAUCCCCAUUAGCCAUCUGCUAUAGCAUGGCUAGUCUUCCUGGGGAUCCACAACAAAUCAUAAUCUUACAGUAGAUUUGAACCGUAAACGGAACACACAAGAAGAAGAAGAAUAAAAACAAUUGAAAUUAUACAAUGACGGCAUAGCAAACAAUUUUAAAUAAUAAAUAUUACAAUUAUAACAUAAUAUAUAAAUAAAUAUCAAGCAUAAUAAUGACAAAAAUGUGUUAAAUCAAUAGAUCUACCCCAACAAAAUGACAAGGUAGUUAAAGCGCAGGAAAGUGACAACAAUGUUUGGUAACAGUUUUUCUCAUUUCUUGAAGGUAACUUUAUUCUCGAUCUGUUUAAUAAGAAUUGCUAAACUGUUCCAGGCAGAAAAACAGUUUUCUUCAUAAAAUGUAGUAGUUUAGGGCUGCAACUAACUUUUUUAAAUUAUUUUUUAUAAUCUAUUAAUCUGUAUACUAUUUCCUCGAUUAAUUGUUUGGUCCAGAAAAUGUCAGAAAAUGUUGAAAAGUGGCGAUUGGAAAUGAUGAUGUUCUCAAAUGUCUUGUUUUGUCCAUAAACCAAAAUUAAUCAAGUUUUAUGAGCAAAGAAACUAAGAAUAUGUUUACAUUUUAAAACCCCCACUGAUUAACCGAUUCUGAAUAUAAUUGCAAAAAAAUAUUGGUGUCUAGGUUAUAAUAUUGGUAUCUCUAUCAAUCACGUGAAAAAGCGGCAUUGAGCCGUCCCUAGUGUGGACACACCAACAGAAGUGGGUAAAAGCUGUUCAAAGUUGCCAUUUUGCCAACAUGUAAACAAUUGAUAGUUAUAACGUUAUAGUUAAAUUAUAAAUGUGGCUCACAUACAUCCCAAAAGAGACUCUUGAGCCAUUAAACUAUGCUUAUAGUUGUAAAACUACAUUAUAUUCAUUCAGAGUGAUGCAGAAGAGGAAUAUAAGAGGAAUAUAAGUGAAUGUGUCUUCUCUGUUUGAUUCUCUGUUGUUGUUGUUUCCCUCAGAACCAGAGAAGACAGACAAACCACAGGUUGUCACUACAUGAGCUUAGUCUUUGUGCUGACGUGAAAAUAGAGCCUUUUAAUGUCCUGUUCUUUCCUGUUGCCACUCAUUUGAUGACACUAAUGAUCACCAUUUUUAAACUUCACAAUGAAAUGACUUGUUUUUCUACUCGCUCUGUCAUCAGUUUAGAUCUGCACCUGUCUCUUCUCCAGGCUAAAAAGAGGCUGUAGUGUAUGUGUGUGUGUGUGUGUGCGUGCGUGCGUGCGUGCGUGUGUGUGUGUGUGAUGUUGCUGCCAGUUUUGCCUUUACAGUCCUCUCUCACGGUCAACAAGCUGCCAAACCUCUGCAACUGCCAUUAUGGCUGCAUUCCAUUUAGUUUUAGUUCCCUGACAUUGUGAAAGCUGGCCCACUGACAUGCACCACUGAGACUAAACAUCACUCUUUCAUGUUUGCUGCUGUUAAAGAGUCUGUUUAUGACAUUAUUUUAAAAACGCUUCACUCUAACCCUCAGGUUGAGAUUGUUAUAGACUCUGGUCGCUUUAUUAGGUACACAGGUCCACCUGAUGAAGUGGCACCCAGUGUAUGUUUCUGCUGCUGUGGCUCAUGUUGUGUGUUCAGAGAUGGUCUUCAACUGAACCCAACGGUUUUCUCUCUUAUCAUUUCAAUCAAGUCUGGACAUUUUUCUGACCUCUGGCAUCAACUAGACAUUUUCUCCCAGAGAGAGAGAGAGAGAGAGAGAGAGAGAGAGAACUGCUGCCCGCGAUAUAUUUUCUGUUAAAUAGAAAUAGUUGCGUGUGAAGAUCGUCACUUAAAUCAACGUUUCUUCCUUAUUCUGAUGCUCAGUUUGAACUUCAGAAGCUCUUCUUAAACAUGUCUACAUGCACUGAGUUGCUGCCAGGUGAUUAGAUAUUUGUGUUAACGGGUGUACCUAAUAUUGUGGCUUCACACUUAAUAACAAAUCAAAUGCAUAGAAGUCUUACCAUCAAAAUGUAAAUGUCUUAUUUUUUGACUAUUUAAAUAUGUAUUUAGAUUAUUUUUUGUCCCAUAAAAGGAGUGGCAUUAAUGCUGCUGGGUGUGACUGCAGAAUAUUAUAACAUUUAUUUUAGGGGUUGGAACUCGGUCUGUUAAUGCAUCAAAUGAUAGAUGUGCAUGUUUUUCAAUUAUUCACCAUAAGGGAAAAUGACAAUCCUUUAAUGAGCUACAAACAUGAAGUCAACAUUUACUUCUUUACUUUUAAAGGUGUGUCUCUGUUUGUCACAGCAUUGUGGUAUCACUGAAGCCUUAUAUUUUAAUGUUGUGGUUUCCUGGCAACUCACUGUAUGUCAACUUCCUGUCAGGCUGUCUCUAAAUGUACAAAGUACAUAUGUUGUCAUUUGUGCUGUCAGUUACAGCUACAAUAACACCAUGAUCAAUUUUA